UGUUCAGGCCCGCGGCAGGGGGCGGGGUCACGCCUCCUCCUCUGCUCUGGUUCCCGCGGAGCCAAAGGAACACGGAGAUGGAAAGCCCAAGGCUGCUCCCGGCUACCGGGACGCGACAGAGCGGCGGUGCUGGCAUCCCUGCGGGCGGCAGCCGGGUCCACGGAAGCCCUGACCCGCGGGCUGGCCAGGUCCCCGCGCGCCGACUCGUGCUGCUCCGGGGCCUCCAAGAUGGCGGGCCCGGGAGGCGGCGCGAGGAGGCCCGCGCGGCCUCACGGGGCCCAGGCCCCAGCCCGUUGGCGACCAGGCCUGAUUACGCUGGCGGCGGUGGCGACAGCGGCGACGGCGGUGGCAGCGACUUUUUCCUGGUGCUGCUGGACCCAGUGGGUGGUGAUGUGGAGACCUCGGAAGCCCGCCAGGCCUCAGGGCCUGUAGGAAGGGAGGAGGCCCAGUCUGGCCCACAGCUCCAGAAGGGUGAGAGUGGCGCGAAUCCCGCGGGCUUCAUGGCGCUGGGUCCCUGUAGUCUGUCCGCGGUUCCAACACCAGUCUCGGCCCCUGCCCCAGGCCCGGGACCCGCCGCCACCUUCGCGGGCACCGUCACCAUCCACAACCAAAACCUGCUUUUGCGCUUUGAGAAUGGUGUCCUCACCCUUGCCACGCCCCCGCCGCCAGCCUGGGAGCCUGGGGUCGCGCCUGCCCCUCAGCCCGGGGGUCUGAUGGCUCACCAAGCGGGGAUCCCACACGCAGCGCAGCCCAGCGACUGCCCCGAGCUGCCGCCCGACCUCCUGCUGGCCGAACCGGCUGAACCGGCGCCUGCCCCGGCGCCUGAGGAGGAGGCAGAGAGCCAGCUCGCAGCAGCCGAGAGCCCCCGCAGGCCGCUGGGCCCGGGCCCGGGGGUGGUGCUGUACCUGUGUCCCGAGGCCCAGUGCGGACAAACCUUUGCCAAGAAGCACCAGCUGAAGGUGCACCUGCUGACUCACAGCAGCAGCCAGGGCCAGCGGCCCUUCAAGUGCCCCCUGGGCGGCUGCGGCUGGACUUUCACCACCUCCUACAAGCUCAAGAGGCACCUGCAGUCUCACGACAAACUUCGGCCCUUUGGCUGCCCUGCGGAGGGCUGUGGCAAGAGCUUCACCACAGUGUAUAACCUUAAGGCACACAUGAAGGGCCAUGAGCAGGAGAACUCAUUCAAGUGCGAAGUGUGCGAGGAGAGCUUCCCUACACAGGCCAAACUCAGCGCCCACCAACGCAGCCAUUUCGAGCCCGAGAGGCCCUAUCAGUGCGCGUUUUCCGGCUGCAAGAAGACGUUUAUCACAGUGAGUGCCCUGUUUUCCCACAACCGUGCCCACUUCAGGGAACAGGAACUCUUCUCCUGCUCUUUUCCUGGAUGCAGCAAACAGUACGACAAGGCUUGUCGCCUGAAAAUUCACCUGCGGAGCCACACAGGUGAGAGACCUUUCCUUUGUGACUUUGACGGCUGUGGCUGGAACUUCACCAGCAUGUCCAAACUCUUAAGGCACAAAAGGAAGCACGAUGAUGACCGGAGGUUCAUGUGUCCUGUGGAAGGCUGUGGGAAAUCUUUCACGAGGGCCGAGCACCUGAAAGGCCACAGCAUAACCCACCUGGGCACAAAGCCUUUUGUGUGCCCUGUGGAAGGCUGCUGUGCCAGGUUCUCUGCUCGCAGUAGUCUCUACAUUCACUCCAAGAAACACUUGCAGGAUGUGGACACUUGGAAAAGCCGUUGCCCAGUCUCUACUUGUAAUAAACUUUUCACAUCCAAGCACAGCAUGAAGACCCACAUGGCCAAAAGGCACAACCUCAGCCAGGAUCUCUUAGCUCAGCUGGAAGCUGCAAAUUCUCUUACACCCAGCAGUGAACUUACCAGCCAGGGACAGAGUGAUCUCAAUGAUGCAGAGCUAGUGUCUCUCUUCUCUGAUGUGCCUGGCAGUAGUUCUGCUGCAGUGUUGGACACAGCACUGGUGAACUCUGGAAUCUUGACUAUUGAUGUGGCUUCUGUGAGUUCAACUCUGGCAGGGAACCUCCCUGCUAAUAAUAAUAAUUCCUUAGGGCAGGCUGUGGACCCUCGGACCUUGAUGGCCACCAGUGACCUUCCCCAAAGUCUGGAUACCUCUCUCUUUUUUGGAACAACAGCCUCUGGUUUUCAGCAGGGUCCCUUAGAUAUGGAUGAUGCCUCAAGUCUAAGUGUGGGGCCAUUGGCAUCUCUGGGCCCUUUGGCUAUGAAAAACUCGAGUCAAGAACCCCAAGCUUUGACGCCCAGCAGCAAGCUAACAGUGGACACAGAUGCUCUGACUCCUUCCAGCACCCUUUGUGAAAACAGUGUCUCAGAACUACUGACGCCAACCAAAGCAGAAUGGAAUGUACAUCCUGACUCUGACUUCUUUGGACAGGAGGAAGAAACCCAGUUUGGAUUUUCCAAUCCAGCAGGAAACCAUGGUUCUCAGAAAGAAACAGAUCUUAUCACAGUGACUGGCAGCUCAUUUUUGGUAUGAACUAUUAAUUCCUUGCCACAUGGCUUACUUUUGUUAAUUACACUCAAUUUUAAGGAUAUUCUGGACUAAAUGUUUAAAUGCAGUCAUUUCCCAUAGGUUUGAAAAAGAACAAAGUCCUGGGCAAUGAGUCUGAAGAUUUAAAUUAUGAUCUUGACUCAUGUCAAGUUGUGUGACCCUGAGCAAGUCACUUAACCUAUCUGAGCCUUAAUUUGCUUAUUUAUAAAAUGAGGUGGUUUAAAUAGAUUGUUUCUAAGGUAUUUUUAACUCUGUGAUUCCUUGAUAAUAAGCUAUUUCCUUGGAAAAAAAUUAGGACAUUUUUUAGUGAUGGUGUUGCAUGUGCUUUUUUUUUUCCAAACGUACAUAAUGGUACACGAAGCAGCCAUAUGUUUUGCACCCAAAAUCAACUAUUAUUUAUUCACAGUUUUGUUUAUCUAAUUUUCACUCUAACCCUUUUCAAGAAAUAUUUUGUAAUAAAUACCAGAUAUUACAUCAUUUCAAUCAUAAUUAUUCUAUAUAUAGUUCUAUAAAGGAUGGGCUCUUUUGGAAAAAAUUACAAUUCCAUUAUCAUACUUAUAGUUAACAAUAACUCCUUAAUACCAAUAAAUAUCUAGUCAGAUUCCAAUUUGCAGUUGUCCCAUAAAUAUUUAUUUUAAUAUUUUUAAUAUAGGAUUCCAGUAAAUCUCUUCUGUGUCUUUUUAAUUUGUGUUUCCCCUUUGUCUCUUAACUUGCAUAGAUUGUUUUGCAUGUAGCAUUUGCCACAAUCUUAAAUUUUUGUGAUUACAUCCUGGUGUUAAGUUCUUCUAUCCUCUGUUUCCUGAAUUUGGUCAUUGGAUCUAGAGACUUGAUCAGAUUGGAAAUGGGAUUUUCGGGGCAGGAAUAUUUCCUAGGUUGUGUUGUGUUCUUUUUUCAGGUAGUACAUAAUGUCUGGUUCUCUCUUUGUGAUAUCUGCAGUUGCUGCUGAUGAAUGAAUUUAUUCAUGAUUACCUGUGUUUCUGAUAUCAUGGAUUGUUUUUUGUAGAAUUACUAGUAGUGGAGGAGGAAAUGCUGUUUAAGGCAUUUAUAAAAGUUUAAUAGAAAUAUUUAAUUCAGGAAUAUUUUCUUAAACAGUGAUAUAAUUAACAAGAAAAAGGCUAAUAAAAAAAAUGUUGGCUGUUCUCCCCAUUUAUAUAACUUCCUGACCUUUUUAAAUGAGGGCAGGAUUUGUUUUUGUUGAAAUUGCCAGCCUGAAUUUUGACAUGAAACAAACCCAGGGUCAAAUUUGUGUGGGAUAAGUGGCCUUGUUAACUAAGCCUCAGUUUCAUAGCCAUCAAAUGAUCAUAGUAAUGCAUACACAUAACUAACAUACUUUAGAAUAUUCUUCUUUUCAAGUUUUUAAUAUGUAAGGAAAAGUAUUAUGUGCUUUGGCAUAUUCUGAGGAAUUUAUAUAAUUUUUUACCCUGUCAGGCCUCCCUACUCUAAGGGAGAAAUUGAGAUAAUUUAAUCCUAUUCAUGUUAGGCAAUAAAUUUUCUGAGGUUUAGCGUGAGACAGGAUAGGGAAUGUCUUUAUUUUCUCCCCUGAAUAAUUACCCCCUACUCGCAGGAAUUUCUGUGGGGAAAUUGCAGGAGAGGAGACAUUGCUCACAGGUAUAUCUGCAUCCCUUUCCGUUAGACGAGUUUGUCACCAUCUUUGUGCUGCUUCCAAAGUCAGACUUCACUGUGAUUAUGGAGCCUGCUAUUGUAUGAAGCUCUGAUAAUGGAAUAGAGAAGGUUUCUUUCCCUCUGUGGUCUGGAGAGCUCAUUGUUUGCAUUUUCUCAGAUUUGGAAAGAUAGAAUGAAUCUGAAUAUUGUGUAAACUGUCUUAUAUGAGUGCAGCUUUUGAAUUUUGUGGAACAAAAUUCAGAACAACCCUGUAGUUUUGGCAAAGUCUGUGCUGUGUCUCAUGACAAUUUAGCCAGCUUACAUUCCAAAUGGGCUUUGGCUAGUGACUGACAGUUGUAUACAUAGCUUAAAACAAAGAGAAAUUAUUUUCACCUCUCCUUUUCCAUUCAUCCAACUUCCACGAUUCAUUCCAUUUGAUUUCUGUUACUUUCUGCUUAACUUUGUCCACACUCCAUUCCCAUGCACGUGCAUUCCAGUCCUUGCUAUGCCUUUCUUUUUUAAUUUUUUAAUGGAUAUAUCUUUUCCUACCACUGUUUUCUCAUCUUAGAAAAUACUGUGUGUGUAUGUAUGUAUAUAUGACUCAGAUGAUAAAUGAGAUUAUAUAUUGUUCAGAUGGAAGUAGAUUUCUGUUUAAUUGUUUUCCUUUUUAAAAAGUUUUUGCCACAGAGUUCUCCUAACUAAUAUUCUCUUAUUUGCUCUAGUGUACCAGUCCAGUAGUGUUUGCACAUGUCUGUGGAUGACAGUUAUUGUAGCACUUUGGCAGUGCACUAAAAACUUGCCACUUUGAAAUGUUUCUGUACUGUGUGUGGGUAUAUACACAUACACAUACACACACAUAUAUUUUUUAAGUGGUUAUAUUCAUUUACUGAAAAAAAGUAGGCAUACUUUUGUAAAUUAGAAAUGCUCAAAAUUGUCUACUCAUUCAACAAUUUUCUCCCUUCACUUUGAAAUAUUUGUAUUUAUAAAGUGCAUUUGAAAAAUAUUGUCAUUUAUUAAGGGUUCUUAAAUAGGCCACUAUUUUUCAUGUAUGGAAGAUAAGUGUGUCAAGGAUUGAAAUGAAUGCACACAUAGCAAAUAUCAAAUAAAUUAUUUAAACACCAAGAGAAUUUAAUACUGUGACUUUAUUUUUUUAAUUCCUCAAACCAACUUCCUCCUACUAAAAAGUCAUAAAAUAUAUUUUUUCUUAACCCAUUGCUGGAAUUUUCAAAGGACAAAUGUUACUUUUCUCUAAAAUAAAAGCUUUUAUUUGUCCAUGG